AUCCCAGUCAGGACACUAUCUGCAAGGAGUGAGUAUAUUCUCCCUGUGCUUGUGUUGGUUCCUCCGGGUACCCCGGUUUCCUCCCACACCCCAAAUAAACACAGGCAGGUCACAGUCUAUUAUAGAGAAGAAGGGACACGAGUGCAAGACUGUAGGAUAACGGACACUCACUCAAUGGAUCACAGUGGGUGUGGGGGCAGUAGAGGGACAGGGAGUGAAUGGAGGAGACGGAGAUUUGCAGCACAAUCCCACCCCUCCCCCUGAGCAGCAUCACUAGCUGAAAACUAACACUCCCUGCACCUGGCUGAGCAACGACAGGCAACACUCCCUGCAACUCUGACUUUAAUACAACGCUCAGUUCCAUUUCCAAGGCACGACAAGAAACAACUCCCUGCAGAAAAAGAAGAGAUUCCAUUGCAAUUAGUGCAACUCCCUGCAACUCUGACUAUAUUAAGGCUACACUCCAAGGCAUGACAAGAAACAACUCCCUGCAGAAAGAGAAGAGAUUCCAUUGCAAUUAGUGCAACUCCCUGCAACUCUGACUUUAUUAAGGCUACACUCCAAGGCAUGACAAGAAACAACUCCCUGCAGAAAGAGAAGAGAUUCCAUUGCAAUUAGUGCAACUCCCUGCAAAGACAGACGUGAUUGACAGAAAGGUAGUAAAGGGCAAGUCUGGCUGCAGAUACAGAGAAUUCCCAGACUGUUCUUCCAAGAGGGAACAACGUUCCUGAUCAGCCUCAUCUCUUACAUGGGUUCCAAUUGUGGCCCCUUGAUGCCCAGGGUGAGCCUGUGGCCCUUGUUGCUGUGUUUGGCUUGUCUCCAGCCUGUCCUGGCAGAUAUGUACAGCUCUAUGGAGAGUAUCCAGCAGGCAGUGGGCACGGAGCAGGCCCUCCUGCAGCAUCUGACUCUGUACCUCCAGCAGGAGAACCACAGACUCAACCACCUGACAAGGUUCUAUGAGAAGGUUCAGGCCUCCCACCAAGCCUCCCACUCGCCGGUGCAAGACCCCAUUCUUGCCUACACCCUAUUAAAGAGGCUGCAGUCAGAGUGGAUGAAUGUGGUUUACAGUUCAGAAGCCGAUGAAAAUAUCCAAGCACUGAGGGAUGGAUACGAGAAAGUCAAGAAGAACCUCCCCAUAUCUGAGGAUGUGGAAGGGGCGGCCAAGGCUCUGAUGAGGUUACAAGACGUCUACUCAUUGAAUGUGAAUGGACUGGUGAAGGGAAUAUUCCAAAGAUCGAGCAGCUCGGAAAGCAAGCUCUUGUACACCCCUCUGCGCCCCUCCAAAAUGUCUGCUGAUGACUGCUUCCAGAUUGGCAAGGUGGCCUAUGACAUGGAAGAUUAUUACCACUCCAUUCCGUGGCUGGAGGAGGCCGUCAGUCUGUUUCAUGGUUCUUAUGGGGACUGGUUCACAGAGGACGAAGGGAGUUUGGAGGAAGCUCUGGAUUACUUGGCCUUUUCUUAUUUUAAAGCAGGAAACAUAUCCCACGCUUUAGAUCUCUCCAGGGAGUACCUCCUCUAUGAUCCAGACAAUGGCAGGGUGGCACGGAACAUUGGCAAGUACGAGCAGAUAUUAUAUGAGAAACCUGCUGGCAAUGAUGUAGAGGAGAUAAAAUUGCAGAGACCCAACGUCACCCACCUGAGGACCAGGGACCUGUAUGAAGGAUUGUGUCAGACUCUGGGAUCCCAGCCAACAAGUUAUGAAGACCCCAAUAUGUUGUGUAUGUACGACACAAGCAGACACCCUCACCUAGUCCUCCAGCCAAUGAAGAAAGAGAUUGUGAGUCUCCACCCACUUGUAGUCCUCUACCAUGACUUUGUCAGUGACUCGGAGGCAGAGACGAUAAAAGACCUGGCAUCUCCCUGGUUACACAGAUCAGUGGUGGCCUCGGGGGAGAAUCAGGCAGAGGCUGAAUAUCGAAUAAGUAAAAGUGCCUGGCUGAAGGAUACUGUCCAUCCCAUUGUCCGGAAUCUGGACACUCGGAUCUCGGCCGUGACUGGUUUAAACGUCCAGCCCCCGUAUGCCGAGUACCUGCAGGUGGUGAAUUAUGGACUAGGGGGCCACUACGAGCCUCAUUUUGACCAUGCCACGUCCAGAAAAAGUCCCCUUUACAGAACCAACACUGGGAACAGAUUAGCCACGUUCAUGAUUUAUCUCAGCAAUGUAGAUUUCGGGGGAUCCACGGCUUUUGUCUAUGCCAAUUUCAGCUCUCCUGUGGUCAAGAACACUGCUGUUUUCUGGUGGAAUCUGCGCAGGAAUGGGCAGGGGGACGAGGAUACUCUCCACGCCGGGUGCCCCGUGAUCAUCGGGAACAAGUGGGUUGCCAAUAAAUGGAUCCAUGACUAUGGGCAGGAAUUCAAGCGCCCGUGUGGGCUGAGCCCAGAAGACUGAAGGAAGGGAGGCUUGAUUACCAGUAACACAAGUGAUGGGACAGGCAACAUAGUACGGCUCAGUGAUGGUAUCAGAGAGAGAUUAGAAACAUCAUGAGAGGAAAGAGAAUCUGGAGAUAAAGACCCAGUUGGAAAUCAAGAGACUCUGAGGAACAUCUGGCAGGUUGGAAUGAGACGGGUUGGGAAGAAAAUAUCUACCCAAAAACAAGGAAGAACUCGGGGGUCAACAUUUUCCAGGAAUGAGAAAGAAAUUGGUAGACAUUACUAUAACAAGGAAUAGAGAAAAGAUGGUAGACAUUACUAUAACAAGGAAUGGAGAGAAGUUGGUAGACCUUACUAGAACAAGGAAUGGAGAGAAGAUGGUAGACAUUACUAGAACAAGGAAUGGAGAGAAGUUGGUAGACCUUACUAGAACAAGGAAUGGUGAGAAGCUGAGAUGGUAUGUAUAACAUACAAGGAAUGAGGGAAAAACCGGUGCACAUAAUCCUACAAGGGACACAGAUAAGGUGGAGACAACAACAUUUGCAAUCAGAUGAUGUGUAUGUCAAACCAGGAAUGAGAUGAAGGAAUGGAGAGAAGUUGCUAGACAACACUAUAGCAAGGAAUGAGAGAGAAGUUGAUAGACAUUACUAUAACAAGGAAUGGAGAGAAGCUUAUACUGAAAAACUUCAAAGAGAUGGUAUGUAUGAGGAAUGUACCAGGAAUGAGGAGAAGUUGGUGCACAUGAUCCAACAAGGGACACAGAGAAGCUGGUGACAAAAACAUCUACAAACAGAUCAUGUGUAUGUCAAACCAGGAAUGUGAGAAGUUGGUCUAUGCAUCAUGGGACAAACAUAGGCAGCGGCCGUAUGAUAUAACAAGGAAUGGAGAGAAGCUGUGUAUGUUAUUGAGAUCAUGGAGAAGACAGACCAUAGCAUCUUCUAGAAAGAACCUUAUGCUCAUCAUCUUCCAAGAACGAGGGAGAAGAUGAAUCCCACUGUUUAUCAUGUACAAGGAAUGAGAGAGAAGCAAGUGGGUGUCAUGGACAAGGAAUGAGCAGUGCUGAAGAGACAUGUAGUUCCAUCAGCCUCAAGCUGCCCCCAAUUUUUAAAGAGACUUUGCAUGCCAGUCACAAGAGACUGUAGUGAUGCACCGAAUACCUGCCCCAUUGUCAUUAUGGGCUGUUUUUAAGCUGCUGAGCCCAGGCAGGGCUUUAUAUAAACUACAGAUAUAAGAGGGGAGAAGCAAUGACACCUUGACUGGAUAUCUGGGGUCUAUUGCUGGUGAAGACUCUUUUUGUCACUCGUUUGUCAGUGGUGCAACUGCCAUCCUGCUGCCAUUAGACUGACAGUGUAACAUCUAUGGGGUCACAUUCCAUUUACUGAUACAAUACUGAAGAGAAAAGUCAUUUUGAACUUCCCCUUUGUUUUUGGCCAAUGAGAAGAGGAGCUUAUGGGGUGAUAUGAUAACUAUGUAUAAAUAUAUAAGGGGAUCAUAUAAUAA